AUGCGGGAGGGAGCGGAGGAGGAGCGGGGGUCAGUGAAGGGGGCAGCGACAAGGGGGCUGUCACUGAGGGGGGGUCGCUCAGGCUCGGCACCUGCUCGAGAAAACUGGGCAGCAGCGCGAGCGUCUGGACAAAGAAUCCUUUUCACAGGACCAGAUGGCAUUGGGGAUUACCGGGCAAGGCUGAGUGAUUUCACCCGCAGCAUUGGAGUGGGCCCUUUAUCUCCCGAAGCUACGGGUGAUUUAACCUACCUGUAUCGAGCUGCACCACACAUGCCCGCACCCCUGCCCAAGCAGUGCUACGCUGGAGGAGUGGGGUGGGCUGUGCAUUACGGCAGCGCACUGAACAGCACCACUCUGCUCAGCAACAAGCAGAUCAAGCUUGCUGAAAUUCGCUCAGCCUUAGAACACAGGGUAACUCACAGAUACCAAAACCCAUGGCAAGCGCCGCCAUGCUUUUUGGACAGGCAGCAGGCAGGGACCCGCGGGAGGCUCGCGUGGAACCAGAACAUCUAUGAUAACUACUGCCAGGACAACAACAAAACCUUCCUACUGAGCAAGAGACGUAUGGCUCAGAGGGAAAAGGAUGGGGAAACUCAUCUGAGUGCCGUCACUUUCCCAGCAAUAAGAAGAGUCAGUGGAUAAUCAUUUGACUAUAAUAAAAAGAU